CUCCUCCUCUUCCGACUUCUCCCGAGAGCGCCGCCGCCAGAAGACACCAGGCAGGUCACCGAUCGGGCAGUAGGAAGCGGUCGUCGGCCGACGGCCGGCCUGGCUCCCGUCCGCCCUUCCUCAGCGCUUCGGGUUCCGUCGGGAGCACCACUUCUCGCUAAUCACCUGACGUGGUAGGAGUCCAGCUGAGCUCCAUGGCUGCUUUCUGGUUGGUGGAGUUGUUAAUGCUAGUCGUCACUGCUGUCUGGGUACUUCGUACAUGGAGUGCCCGAAGAAGGUUGGGCAAGAAGGCUCGGCAGGCAACGGCGCACACUUACCCGCCGGGGCUGGAGCCGUACCCGCUGAUCGGCCACAUGCCGCAGCUGAUGGCGAACCGGCACCGCGUGCUGGACUGGAUGACCGAGGCCCUCGCGCGCCAGCCCACGUGCACGUUCGUGCUGCACCGGCCAGGCGGCCUGCGGGGCGCCAUCACCGCGAACCCGGCGAACGUGGAGCACUUCCUCCGCGCCACCUUCGACAACUACCCCAAGGGCCCCCGGGUCGUGUCCAUGAUGCACGACUUCCUGGGGCGGGGCAUCUUCAACGCCGACGGCGAGGCCUGGCGCGCGCAGCGGAAGGUGGCCAGCUACGAGUUCAACACGCGCUCGCUCCGCGCCUUCGUGGCGCGCUGCGUGCACGACGAGCUGCACGGCCGCCUCCUCCCGCUGCUGCGCCGCGCCGCGGCGUCGGGCGCCGGCCUCGACCUCCAGGACGUGCUGGAGCGGUUCGCGUUCGACAACAUCUGCCGCGUCGCCUUCGACCACGACUCGCGCCAGCUCCCGGUCGACGGCGAUGGCGGCACGGCCGCCGACGGCAGCUUCGCCGACGCGUUCCGCGACGCUGCGAAUCUCAGCGCGGGCCGGUUCCGCUACGCCAUCCCGGGGUUCUGGAAGAUCAAGAGGGCGCUGAACGUGGGGUCCGAGCGCCGGCUGCGCGAGUCCGUCGUCAUGGUGCACGACUUCGCCGACCGCAUAAUCCAGUCGCGCCGGGAGGAGAUGCUGAGGGACGGCUUCGAGAAGCACGACCUCCUGUCGCGGUUCAUGGCGAGCCAGGACGAGACCUACUCCGAGGCCAAGGGCCCCCUCCGCGACGUCGUGACCAGCUUCCUCCUCGCGGGGCGGGAGACCACGUCCUCGGCCCUCACCUGGUUCUUCUGGCUGCUCUCCUCGCGGCCGGACGUGCAGCGCCACAUCCGCGACGAGAUCGCCGGGGUGCGCGCCCGCCGUUCGCAGGGCGACCUCCAUGGCACCGUGGGGUUCGACCUGGACGAGCUGCGGGAGAUGCACUACGUGCACGCGGCGAUCACGGAGUCGAUGCGGCUGUACCCUCCGGUGCCUGCGAACUCGCUGCACGUGCUGGCGGACGACGUCCUGCCCGACGGCACGGCCGUGCAGGCCGGGUGGUUCGUGGGGUACAACCUGUACGCGAUGGGGCGGAUGGAGUCGGUCUGGGGCGAGGACGCGCGGGAGUACAGGCCAGAGCGGUGGCUGAACCACGCCGACGGGACGUUCCGGCCCGAGAGCCCGUUCCGGUUCGUGGCGUUCCACGCGGGGCCGAGGCUGUGCCUGGGCAAGGAGAUGGCCUACAUCCAGAUGAAGUCCAUCGUGGCGGGCGUGCUGGAGGAGCUCGACGUGGCCGUCGACGGCGCGUACCGCCCCCGGCAGGUACCGUCGCUGACGCUGCGGAUGGCGGGCGGGCUCCCCGUGACCGUGAAGCCGAGACGGGACUGACGAGCUGCUGCUACGACUUCCAAAGCCUCUGCGCCAGGUUAAGCCUUCAGGAAAACAGCAGCCAAGCAGAGCAGGAGCAGGAGGAAGCGAAGGGGAAGUUUCAUCUACUGCCGCUUUUUAUUUACUCCUGGAUUAGUUGUAGCCUGCUGGGUACUUCAAAAUAAGGGGAUCUAUUUGACCCAGACAUCUGCAAGAUCCCAGGAUCUACUCAAACUCUUGUUGUCAAUUCUGCUAUAGGAACAAGGGAUGUUAAACCGGGUGCAGGUUGUGGUGCUGACUGGCCGAGUGCUGCUCAAGGCUAUGCUCAUCCCCCCGUCGAGACCGCAAGUCAAGCAGACAAUGCCGCAGGCAGCACUAGUUACAGGAAGCCCGGCGAUGACAUGCGCGGGAGCUGCGCGAGUCAUGGGCUGAGCACCGGCGAGCCUCGAAGCCGAUGCGCUGGUGCCCGGGCGACACAGUGGCCGGCCGCGAUAGGGUAGCAGACAGCGAGGACACUGGCAACCUGGCGGCCUUGCCGCGGAGCGCAACGCCGGGUGGAUAGGGAUUAGGGACGGAAAUUACGUCGUCGCUGUGCGGGGGCCGCCGGCCCGCAGCUGAGGACGCCGAGCGCGGCGGCGGUGCUGGUCUGACUGGUCAGUAUCCACCCCGGACGGUAUUUCAUUUACCGUCCGGGCCCGAGGUCAUCUGAACCGUUGGAUCCGUACAGAGCGGCCACGAUGCAGCCUGGCGGCUUCAUAUGUGUGGGAGCGGUUUCUGGGCCUCGAGGAAGCCCAGUUACAGGAGCCUGCUCUUUCCUGCGGCCCACAGCCAACACGACGAAGAGCUGAGAGCAUCCGGGCCCAGGUGGUCAGGUGGACUCCGGCCUCCG